AUGGUGCCCAUAGGUGAAAUUCGCCCUCGCAGCAAAUAUAGUGAGGAAGGGUGUCACAUGAUUACUCCCAACAUGCCGAGGUAUGAGGGUACAAACACCACAAAAGAAAAAGAAGAAGACGAAGACGAAGAAGAAUCCUUACACCUAGGGUACCAACACCAAAGAAGAAGAAGAAGAAGAAGAAGAAGAAGAAGAAGAAGAAGAAGAAGUAUCCUUACACCUAGGGUACAAACACCAAAGAAGAAGAAGAAGAAGAAGUAUCCUUACACCUGGGGUACAAACACCAAAGGAGAAGCAGUAUCCUUACACCUGGGGUACAAACACCACAGAAGAAGAAGAAGAAGAAGUAUCCUUACACCUGGGGUACAAACACCAAAGAAGAAGAAGAAGAAGAAGAAGGAGCAGAAGAAGUAUCCUUACACCUGGGGUACAAACACCACAGAAGAAGAAGAAGAAGUAGAAAUAUCCUUACACCUAGGGGACAAGCACCUCAGAAGAGGAAGAAGAAGAAGAAGAAGUAUCCUUACACCUAGGGGCGUGGAGGAUAGGUACGUGGGUGCGAACAAGGCCCGGGCGUGGGUGAAUGCCCAUCGCCCGCCAUAUUGGAGAACUUUUGUUGCUCAGUACAACCUCGAAGAGAGGAUCCCCCUCUGUGACGUCACUGAAUGCGGGUCUCGGUCCUUCGUCCUCCAACAGGGUCCCCCAUUCUUCCCCAGAGUCCCACAUCCUCCCCCAAAGGUCCUUUAUCCUCUCCCAGGGUCCCUCAGCCUCCCUCAAGGACCCUCAUCCUCUCCCUUGGUCCCUCGUCCUCCCCCAGGGUUCCUCAUCCUCCCCCACGGUCCCUUAUCCUCCCCUAGGGGCCCCUCAUCCUUUCCCAGGGGCCCCUCAUCCUACCCCAUGGGCCUCUCAUCUCCAAAAGGGUCCCUCAUCCUCCCCCAGGGACCGCUCAUCCUCUCCAAGGGUCCCUCAUCCUCCCCCAGGGACCCCUCAGCCUCUCCCAGGUUGCCCCCAUCCUCCCCCAGGGUCCCUCAUCCUCCCCCAGGGACCCCUCAUCCUCUCCAAGGGUCCCUCAUCAUCCCCCAGAGACACAUAAUCCUCUCCCAGGGGUCCCUAAUCCUCCCCCAGGGACCCCUCAUCCUCUCCCAGGAACCCCUCAUCCUCUCCAAGGGUACCUCAUCCUCCCCAAGGGACCCCUCAUCCUCUCCCAAGAACCCCUCAUCCUCCCCAAAGAUCCCUCAUCCUCCCCCAGGGACACCUCAUCCUCUCCCAGGGUCCCUUAUCCUCCCCCAGGGGCCCCUAUUCCUCCUCCAGGGCCACCUCAUCCUCCCCCAGGGGCCCAUCAUCCUCUCCAAGGGCCCUCAUCCUCCCCCAGGGCCACCUCAUCCUCCCACAGGGACCCAUCAUUCUCUCCCAGGGCCCUCAUCCUCCCCCACGGCCCUCAUCCUCACCCAUGGCGCCCCUCAUCCUCCCCAAGGGGUCAUACUAUUGCCGGUGCUUCGCCCAUUUUUCUCAGACGCAAUCACUGAACCUCGAGGAGGUCAGCGGCGCCGAUAA